CCAGUCAACCGGAUGUCUCAAUAUGCGCAUGUGCGUAUUCUCUAUCAUUAGUCUAGUUUUUUUUUACAAGUCGACAUCAGAUUUUGGUUGAGAGAGAAAAGUUUUUUCUCGCAGACACUCAUCGCCAAAUUUGUGUUACUCAAUAAAAAUGCCGAAGGGUCGCUCAAGAGGAAGAGCUGGAAGAGGUCAAGGCGACGGGAGUCAAGCUGGUCCAAGACCUGGUCAGCAGGGUGAUGGCCCCCAACAUCCUCAACAAGCGCCUCAGCCAAGAUUCCCACCUGCACACAUGGCCCAACAAAGACCACCCAUGAUGGGGGACCCGGGACCAAGACAACCGGCCAUGCGUCAACCAAUGCCCCGACAGCCUGCACCACAUGCUGCGCCUCUCGCAGCUACAGCUGCUGCUGAACAAAGCGGGGGUGCUGCUGCAGCCCCUGUUGGAUCUGGCCGUGCCAGUUACAGAGGUGGAGCACAGCCAGCACCUGUUGGUGGUGCUGAGAGACUGGCGAAAGAAUUUGGUAGACUAUCCAUGAGAACAAGAGAUGAAUUUGUUGAAACUAAACCUGCAAAUUUAACAGUCCGACAAGGUGUGUCCGGCACUCCAGUACAGUUGUAUUGUAACUAUUUUGAGAUCUUGGCUAUGCCCCAAUACAGCCUUCAUCAUUACCACGUUAGCUUUGCUCCUGAAAUAGAAGGCAAAAGAAUUCGCAAGGCCCUCCUCAUGCAACAUGCCGAGAAGUACUUUGGUCACCUGCACCUGUUUGAUGGUAUGAUGUUGUUUCUACCCCAGAAAUUGCCUGAUAAACUAGAGCUGGUGUCCAAGUGUAAUGUUACUGACCAAAUUUACACCAUCACAGUAACCUGGCGUUGUAAAGUUGUACGUACUUCGCCCACCAUUAUCCAACUGCUGAACAUUCUCUACAAACAGAUUCUGUCUUCAUUACAUUUGGUUCAAAUUGGCAGAAAUUAUUAUUCCAUUCCGGAUGAGAUACCCAGAGACAACAAACUGGCACAAACCCACAAAUUGACCGUCUUUGAUGGCAUCCAGAGCAGCAUUUUGAAUUACGAGAAAGGAGCAAUGUUGUGUGUCGAUAUUUCCCACAAAGUGAUGCGUACCGAUACAGUUGCCGAUCUUAUGCGCAGCUGCCGUAUGCAUGUUGGCGCAUCUGGAUGGAAGGAGACAAUUAUGAAGCGUUUGUUGGGGAAAAUUGUUCUAACCAGAUACAAUAAUCGUACAUAUCGAGUGGAUGACAUCGAUAUGGACAUGUUGCCAACCAGAACUUUCCGCAAGCACAAUGAAGAUGUCUCUUUUGUAUCCUACUACAAAACGAAUUACGGCAUCAAUAUCCGACACCUUGAUUUGCCUAUGCUUCUUAGUAAACCCAAAGCUCGUGAUAUCAGAAGAGGCCAGAAUACCCCCAUCUACUUAGUUCCUGAAUUAGUUGUUAUUACUGGUCUUGAUGACGAUGUCAGGACAAACUAUGAAAUAAUGAAGGACCUGGCUCAGACCACUAGGCUGACCCCUGAAACAAGAGUUGAAAGACUAAAGAGGUUUAUUGGAUCAACCCGAAAAAACAAAGACGCCAUGGAGCUUGUUGAGAAGUGGAAACUCCAACUUUCUGACAAUUUGGCAGCCAUUGCUGGGCGUGUACUUGAACCCGAAAAGAUGUACAGCAGCACCAAAUCGCUGUCUUACCAGUCCCGCGACCCAGAUUGGUCCAGAGAUCUCCGUGACAUGUCACAGGUUGCUACGAUGUCUGUAGACAGAUGGCUACUCAUCUAUCCAAUGAGCUGUGGCCGUAUGGCUAAAGAUUUAGAGUCCUGUCUUCAGCGUGUUGCCAAGCCUCUAGGAAUCCGAUAUGCUGAACCCUACUGGUGUGAGAUCCCGGGUAACGACGCUUCAGGACAGGGUUACAUAUCAGCCAUCAAAGAGAAAGUCACAGAAUCCACUCAGUUGGUUGUGGCAUUAGUGUAUGAUAACUCCAAAGGCAGAUAUGAUGCAAUCAAGAAAUUCUGCUCUAUUGACCAACCUGCAGGAAAACCAGUCCCAUCACAGGUAAUUGUGCAGAGGACACUGAACAGGAAGAAUGUCUUCAUGUCAAUCGCCACCAAGAUUGCCAUCCAAAUCAACUGCAAGCUGGGAGGAGUCCCAUGGUGUGUCACAGUUCCGAUAAAACGCUUCAUGAUUGUUGGCAUUGACCAUUACCACGACUCUGCUAAAAAGGGUCAUUCAGUUGGUGGCAUCGUGGCAAGCAUGAAUAAUGAGAUGACCAAAUGGUAUUCACGUACAACCUUUCAAACCGCUCAUGAGGAACUCUCUUCAAAACUUCAUAUUGUCACACAAAUGCUCUUGAAAAGAUAUUAUGAAAUCAACAACUGUUUCCCUGAGCGUAUAUUCAUCUUCCGAGACGGUGUUGGUGAUGGCCAGUUGAAUGUUCUACUGAAUUAUGAGGUCAAGCAGUACACAGAAGCCUUUAAAAAUUUCCCAGAUGCUAAUUUCAGAUUAACUGUUGUUGUGGUCAAAAAGAGAAUCAAUACUCGUCUAUUUUCCAAAGCUGGUGUCCAGUGGAUUAACCCUUUGCCAGGAACAGUCGUCGAUUCUGCUAUCGUCCGCAAUGAAUGGUAUGAUUUCUUCAUAGUGUCCCAAAGUGUGCGCCAGGGUACAGUGUCUCCAACACAUUAUAAUGUCAUCUACGACACAUCAGGCUUGAAACCAGAUCACAUCCAGAAGCUGACUUACAAAAUGUGCCAUUUAUAUUAUAACUGGCCGGGAACCAUCAGAGUGCCAGCACCAUGCCAGUAUGCUCACAAACUUGCCUUCUUGGUGGGGCAGAGCAUUCACAAAGAACCAGCCAUGGUCCUCCGUGAUAAACUCUUCUACCUGUGAUGCAGAGGCCUUCAUAAAAACUCAACCAAUUCCCAUACUCAUUGAUUUUCACUGCGUAUGAACCAUUUCAGUGCAAGUUGCUUCAAGUUGAACUGUUAUCAAAAGCCCAAAGACAAAGAAGUCGUUUGAGGCUGUUCCACAUUUCUGAUAUUUGACGCGGAUUCGAUAGGACCUGCAGUCAUUUAGCCUUAGAAGGGUACUUUUUGGAUAGG